GAAAAAAGCAUGGCGGAUUGUCGUUCCCGUGCUGUGUGUAUUUUUAUUUUGACGUCUCUGUAUGAACUGUCUUUGUUUUAAAUCAGCGUUAUUUAUAGAAAACUGUGCACAUUUAAACAGUGAGUGUUCAUUAAAACCCACAAUGGGUUUACCAGACACCUGUAUCACUGAGGACAAGCUUCCACAAUGCUGGUCGGACGAUGUGCGCAUGAAUGCACUUUUUGCACCUUUUCGUUUGAAAACUGCAAACCCUGAGUCUUGGGAUAUGAAGAUGAAGUUCUGGUCUGAUCUGCUGAGGCAGUAUUGCCGCUGGAAAAAGGACCCAGUGGUAUCUGCGGCAGAUUUAAAAUGCGCCUUUAUGAGGAAGGGUCGGACGCCUGCUUGCCUUGACAUUGUAGUGGAAGAAAUGUUCCGCAAUGGCGAGCUAGCACCCCUAACAAAGUACCAGCAGAUCCUGCACAACGGGCCGGAAGGUUGGGUGCGCUGGGGUGCUCGCUUGGCAUUCAAGCCGGCCGCACUGGCGUUGACUGCUGUCACCUCACUCCUGCCGGCGCGGCAGGCUAUUGACAGUGACGGGCUGCCUAAGGCCAGCAUUGAUUCCACACAGAGAUUUGUGUGCGAAAGCGCUGUGAAGGAGCAAGCAACAGAGCUUCUAGAGAACUUUCCCAAUGAUGCAGAGCGGAUAGGAACCAUAGAUGAGCUGAUGAAAAUCUGCAAGUGGCAGCAGGGCCGAGACACCUUCGAGAUGCUGCUUGGAUACCUAGUGGCCCAGGGUGCCGCUGUCAAGAAAGAUGAAGUCAUCAAACUGGCUGAGCCGAACAAGAAAGCGACGCCAGUAACAGAGACGGACGAGGCCCUGGUGCGCUUGGUAGCGGCCGAGGCGAGGCUGGAGACCGAGGCCGGCAAGCUGGCUCGCGAGGCCUCCAUCGCUGAGGGCGAGGCCAGGGCAGCCUUGCAGCUGGGCAACAGACUCGCUGCUAAGAACCACCUCCGCCGCAAACACAAGUUGCAACAACGCAUUGACCACACGGACGGCGCGCUGCAGAACGUCAAACAACUGUUACAGCAGAUGCGGGAAGUGGACACCACCACCGCCAUCGUCGACACCUACAAGGUGUCAUCGCAAGCGCUGAAGCGCGGCAUGAAAGAGGGAGGCCUCGAUGAGGACGCCGUGCACGACACUAUGGACGAUCUCAAGGAGGUGAUGGAGCAAUACAGCGAAGUGGAGAAGGCCCUCGCAGGGUCCGCAGAAGACGUGGACGCGGCCGAGUUGGAACAGGAGCUCAAGGAACUCUUGUCCGGCCCUGCAGCGCCUCCUGGCGGCGGCGAGAGGAAACAAGUCCCCGUCCCAAAAACGCCGCAGUCGAAAAAGAGCACGGAACCCGACUUCGUGUUCGACGGUGAGGAGCGAGUCAUCGCCGAGCUGAAUGAGCUGAGCGUCGAGGAUGCUUCUCCCAGGGCCCCUCGCACCAGGGUCCCUGUGGCUGAGGGCUGGGAACCUACACCCACAGCGAAACCAGAACGCAAAGCCUCUCCGAAGCCAUCUCAAAGCUGGUACCCGCCAAGCACUGAAUGCCUCCGUCCCGACACCACUUGGAACAACAACCCGGACCGGAGUUACGACGAACUACGAUUGGAUGACAGAUUACACCCCGGUCAACCUUUCAACAUUGACUUCACUUUGCCAGCGAAGCUAUACAGCUCAGAUUUCCAAGUCCGCGACCACAAGCCCCACUCCGGAGUAUGGCUCUACAACAGUAGAGACGACAACUGUAAUACUCUUAAUAACUCUUUCAGCUCUAGUACACAAUACACUAGGUAAGUGUCCUUGAAUU